AUGGAUGCCGACGACCCAACACACAAUGUCUUCAGCAGUGAUCACCUGUGGAAGCAGUCCACGCUGUUGGAGGACCAUGGGACAUACGGAUCAUCUCUCUUCGCCCCCCUACAGCUAGACAUCCCCUCAAUCAAGUUCGACCACCCGUAUGCGCCCAAGCAUGACCUUAAUCGCGAACUUCGCUUGCCGGAUUUGGACACGUUCGAGUUUGGGCCGCUACCAGAACUCGAUAGCCUCGAUGAAUCCAGCGUAUCGAUUGAAACCCCUCCUCUUGAGCCGGAAGAAGAUGUUUGGGAGGCAGCAUUCGAGCUGGGACCGGUGAACAGAGAUGUUCUCUUCUACACAUGGGAAGCAUUUGAGAGGGGCUACCACGCUGAGAGUCGCACACCGUACGUGACCGAACGCGGUCCAGAGGCCGUCGAUGCAGCCUUAGCAAACGAUGCGGACAAGGUCAGUGCAGGAAGGAUCGUCAAGGGAGAUGCGCUCCUACUGUCGCUUUGGAACUUGGGUCUUGGCCGCUCGUCCAUCUUGUUCCAGUUCAACCCAAAACUAAAGACUUUCGAACCUGCAAUACCAGAUGGCCGUGCUUCAGGUCUCAGCCUCCGUGCUGCCCAGAGCUUGACUGCACAGUUCCUCCACACUGGAAACACAUUCUUGUAUCUCAGAUCAUUCGCUGAACGCACAUUUGCAUCAACCUCAUCCAUCCCUGCAAAGGUGGCCUUGGCGACAUCGGUAUCCAGUAUCCUCUCCACGUUAGAGGAUAACCUAGGGAAACAGUCUACGAGAAUCAGAUCACUCAUUCAGCUCCAGUAUCAAUUUGCGAAACCUCGCGAGAUAUUAAUUCACGUUGCGCGCAUGGUGGAUGCAACAAAGCACGCCAAGACUAAUGAGCAGCUAUCAUCUAUCCUACAUCACCGCCUACUGGAACUCGAAGAGGGCGAGGAGUAUCUUCGUCAACUAUCAAGUGAAGUCCUGCGUUACGUAGCGGGGCCUAGUCUAGAAUUGCUAGGUGAAUGGAUUGGUAUUCAAAAAGAACAGCAAACUGCGCCCAUCUGGGAACGAAACAGCUUCGUGGCCAUUGAGGACGCCUCAGCUGAUCCAGCAUCACGGGAGUUUACUUAUCGAUCGGAGAUGAUGCCGAGAUUCAUCACUCCGGAGGACGGCAAUACCAUCUUCGAAACUGGCAACAGUCUCCGAUUCUUGAAGACGCAACAUCCAGAUCAUCCACUGGCUCGCACAGAAAACUCAGUACUUCAGCCUCCAGAGUUAGAGUGGGGUUUCAGGUGGCAGGAUAUUGAAGCGAUUGCCACUAAAGCAAAAGACUACGAAAACCGGCUUCGGGGGACGCUUCUACAUUUCAGCAAAGGCUCGGCUAUUGUUGCACAGAAGUGCACAGCCCAAACCACGGUGGAUCCUGCGUCAGAAACCCAAAUUCAAGGGCGAGAUCUGGAAAAAUACUUCCAGGAUUCCAUACGUCUGUUAGACGCCCUACCCAAGCCGUCUUCGAAUAUCUUACCCGACGAGUUACAGAUAGUGAUGAAUGAUAUAUUAGGCACGACAAAAGAUAACUCGACGCACUCCAUAGACUUUUCUCCGCCACUCGCCCUAGUGUCAGCUCUAUCCUUCCGCCCACUACUCACUGCUCAAGCGAAGUUAGUCAAUGCGGCCACUGUUCGCUUGGUCCUAAGAUCACACCAUCUACGGCUUCACCUGUCUUUGCAGCGGCAGUACCACCUUCUAGGUGACGGGGUCUUCUCAUCUCUGUUGGCGACUGCUCUCUUCGACCCUGAACGGGAGAGUGCCGAGCGGCAUAAAGGCCAAAUGCGGAGCGGUGUGCACAUGGGCUUACAGCUAGGCUCUCGGACAUCAUGGCCUCCAGCCAGUUCAGAACUUCGACUCGCACUACGCGGGGUUCUGAGUGAGAGCUAUUAUUCAUCAGCAUUAUACCAGUCCACUCAAAAGGUGGGAGACAUCGUAUCGACAGGCAUGCCGAUCACAGGUAGAGACAAUGAUGAGCUUCCCGGGCAGCUGAACUUCGCCAUUCGACACCUCACCGAAGCUGAACAAGAAAAGGUUAUGGAUCCAGACGCACUAUCUGCACUUGACUUCCUCCGCUUGCAAUAUGUGCCCCCGGCUCCACUCAAUCUUAUCAUUACGAGCUCAGCGCUAGACAAGUAUGAUCUUGUAUUUAAGUUUCUUCUCCGUCUUCUGCGUAUGCUGUUUGUCGUUUCACAGCUUCCACGCCACUACUCUUUCCUCGAAGCUCGCCGUUUCAGAAUGGAGGCUCACCACUUUGUCACUAUGCUUGCAAACUACGUCUUCCAAACCGGCAUUGCAGAACACUGGAACAACUUUGAUUCUUUUGUCAGCACACUCGAGACAAAACUUGACGAGGAAGAUGCAGCCGGCGAAAUCGGCACACGCGUCGUAGAAGGUAUCGCCUCGUUGCGCGAUGCGCAUGAGAAGUGUUUGGACAGCGUCUUGUUCUCCUUGUUGCUGCGCAAACGACAGCGCAAGAUCAUGGGGCUUGUGGAAGAAAUUUUCGACCAUGUCCUGCUCUUUGCGAAGAUACAAAACCGCGGUGCGAAAGCCAAUGAUAGUGUGAAAGAACUAUAUUCAAAGUUGAAGGGCAAAAUUCGAGUGUUCUUGAGUGUUUGCAAGGGCUUGUCAGGUAAGAGAGGUUAUGGCAAAGGUAAAGGAACCGCAGAGGAAAAUUCGAUGGAGAGGCUGGUUGUGGGUAUGGAGAUGAAUGGGUAUUUUGCGGGGUCGUAA